GGGGCGGCCCGACCCUCCAGCGCAGAUCCGUGAGUCUGGAGCUCGGAGCCGGCGCCGCUAUUUCUAUCUCAUGAUCACAGUGCCCGGGCUCGGGGCUUUUCCAGCGACUUCUGCCCAGGCGGGGAGCGGGCAGCAGCAGGCAGAGGACGGUGCCGCUGCGGCCCCCAGGAAGCCAUAUUCUGCAGAGCCAGCUCCGGGCCCAGGGAAGCGGCGCGGUCCGGCUCCUGCGCUCCCCCGGCUCGGCGCAGCUUCUGCGCUCCGAUCUCUGCGCUCCCCCGGCUCGGCGCAGCUCCUGCGCUCCGAUCUGUGCUCUCCGGCUCCUGCGCUCCCCCGGCUCGGCGCGGCCCCCGCGCUCCUGCCCCGCGCUUCGGCUCAGUCCAGCGCCGUCCCUGCGCUGCGGCCUCUGCGCUCACUGUGCCACCGGCUCCAGCCCAGUCCCCUCCCCUCCGGCUGCUGCGGGGCCACCGUCGCCUGGCAAGAUGAGCAACGUGUCCUUCCACAUCUCCAAUCUCCUGGAGAAGAUGACGUCCACGGACAAGGAUUUUAGAUUCAUGGCCACCAAUGACCUGAUGUUGGAGCUGCAGAAGGAUUCCAUUAAGCUGGAUGAGGACAGCGAGAAGAAGGUGGUGAAGAUGUUACUAAAGCUUCUAGAAGAUAAGAAUGGGGAGGUGCAGAAUUUAGCAGUCAAAUGCCUGGGCCCUCUGGUGGGCAAAGUGAAGGAGUACCAGGUGGAGACCAUCGUGGACACCCUCUGCACCAACAUGCUGUCUGACAAGGAGCAGCUGCGGGAUAUUUCUGGCAUGGGCCUGAAAACCGUCAUCUCUGAGCUCCCACCUGUAUCCACAGGCUCUGCCAUGGCAGCCAAUGUCUGUAAGAAGAUCACAUCCCAGCUCACGGGGGCUAUUGGGAAGCAGGAGGACGUGUCUGUGCAGUUGGAGGCUCUGGAUAUCUUAUCAGAUAUGCUAAGUAGGUUGGGCGGGGCCCUCUUCUCCUUCCACUCCUCCAUCCUGCACUGCCUGGUCCCACAGCUUACUAGCCCCCGCCUGGCGGUGCGCAAGCGGGCCAUCGUCGCCCUGGGCCACCUGGUCAUGACCUGCAGUGCCAACCUGUUCUCAGAGCUCAUGGAGCAGCUGCUGGCCGAACUGGAGGGAGAUGCGUCCACCUCCACCACCCGUACCUACAUCCAGUGCAUUGGAGGCAUCAGCAGGCAGGCGGGCCUUCGUGUUGGUGCCCACCUCCCGAGGAUCGUUCCUUUACUGGUGAAGUUUUGUGCCGUGGAAGAUGAUGAGCUUCGAGAAUACUGCUUCCAAGCCUUUGAGUCGUUUGUGAGGAGGUGUCCUAAGGAGAUGGGACCCUACAUUCCCAGUGUGACCAACCUCUGCCUGAAGUACCUGACCCAUGAUCCCAACUACAACUAUGACAGUGACGAGGAUGAGAUGAUGGAGACAGAGGAUGGAGAAGAUGACGAACAAGAAAGCGACGACGAGUACAGCGAUGACGAUGACAUGAGUUGGAAGGUCCGAAGGGCUUCGGCCAAGUGCGUGGCCGCCAUCAUUAGCACCAGGCACGACUUGCUGCAGGACUUCUACCAGGUGCUCUCUCCAGUGCUCAUCAGCAGGUUCAAGGAACGGGAGGAGAACGUCAAGGCUGAUAUCUUUGGGGCCUACAUCUCGCUGCUGAGACAGACGCAUCCCGGGCAGAGCUGGCUCCGCAGCCCAGAGGUGAUCGACAAGGAGAACAUCCCCCUCGCCAUGCUGCAGAAUCAGAUUCCGCAUAUCAUCAAGGCUCUCCAGAGACAACUCAAGGACCGGAGUAUCAAGUCCCGCCAAGGUUGCUUUAGCGUCCUCACAGAACUAGCUGGAGUCUUGCCCGGGAGCCUGGCUGAGCAUAUACCUGCCUUGGUGCCAGGCAUUAUCUUCUCCCUGACAGACAGGGCCAGCUCUUCUAACAUGCGGAUCGAUACGUUGGCCUUCCUGCAUGUCCUCCUGUGCACCCACCCUCCUGAGGCCUUCCAUACUUACCUGCCAGUCCUGCUACCCCCAGUGGUGGCUUGUGUGUCUGACCCCUUCUACAAGAUCACCUCGGAGGCUUUGCUGGUGACCCAGCAGUUGGUGAAGGUCCUCCGGCCCCUGGACCGGCCCUUGACCUUGGACCCCCAGCCCUACGUCAAGGAGAUAUUCACCGCCACCCUCACGAGGCUGAAGGCAGCUGACCUGGACCAGGAGGUGAAGGAACGAGCUAUCGCCUGCAUGGGCCACAUCUUGGCUCACCUGAGAGACUGGCUGGGGGCCGAGCUGAAGCCCACCCUGCUCAUUUUCCUGGAACGGCUCAAGAAUGAGAUCACCCGGCUGCCCACGGUCAAGGCACUGAUUCUAGUGGCAGGGUCCCCGCUCCGGGUCGAUCUGCAGCCCAUUAUUGAUGAUGCUUUGCCCAUCUUGGCUUCCUUCCUGCGGAAGAAUCAGCGAGCCUUGAAGUUGGCGACCCUGGCAGCCCUAGACGUCCUGGCACGGAAUUACAGGACGGCGCUCCCGCCAGCCACGAUCGAGGCGGUGCUGGGCGAGCUUCCCCCGCUCAUUGGGGAGAACGACAUGCACGUGGCCCAGGUGGCUGUGGGCUUCCUCACCACCCUGGCCCAUGCUCACCCCUCCUCCCUGGCCAAGGCCAGCGGCCCCAUCCUCACUGAAGUCCUGCAGCUGGUAUACUCGCCGCUGCUGCAGGCUGGAGCGCUGACGGCCAUCACGGGCUUCUUCCAGGCCCUCAUGGGCACACGAGCCCCACGGCUGUGCUACGGCGAGCUGAAGAAACAGCUCACGAGCCCCGUCUAUGACGCAGCUCCCAACUCCCCUCCCCUGCACAAACAGGCGCAUCACUCGGUGGCCAAGUGCUUAGCAGCCUUGGUGGUUGCCUGUCCCCAGGAGGCAGUAGGCACUGUGGGCCAGUUCAUCCGGGAUGUCCAGUCCCCCCGCUCCAGCGCGGGCAUCAAGGUCCUGGCCUUCCUGGCAUUGGCUGAGAUGGGCCAGGUGGUGGCUGAGAUGGGAUCCCAGCGGGAGCUGAAGACGGUCCUGCUGGAGGCUUUCUCGUCACCCAGUGAAGAGGUGCGGUCAGCAGCCUCCUAUACCCUGGGCUGCGUGGGUGCCCGGAACCUGCCUGAGUACCUGCCUUUCCUGCUCGGGGAGAUUGGCACCCAGCCCAAGAGGCAGUACCUGCUGCUGCAUUCGCUGAAGGAGGCCAUUGGCGCGGCCCCAGCUGAGGCCCUCAAACCCUACGUGGACGACAUCUGGGCCCUGCUCUUCAGGCACUGCGAGUGCACCGAGGAAGGCACCCGCAACGUGGUGGCUGAGUGCCUAGGGAAGCUGGCCCUGGUGAACCCCUCCCAGCUGCUGCCCCAGCUGCAGAAGCAGCUCCUUGCAGGUUCACCACAUGCCCGUAGCACCGUCAUCACCGCCAUUAAAUUCACCAUCUCAGACCAGCCCCAGCCUGUGGACGUCCUCCUGAAGGACUGCAUCGGGGAUUUCUUAAAGACCCUUCAGGACCCUGACCUAAAUGUCAGGCGGGUAGCUCUGGCCUUAUUCAACUCAGCUGCUCAUAACAAGCCCUCCCUCAUCCGAGACUUUCUGGACAACACACUGCCCCACUUGUACACAGAGACCAAGGUCCGAAAGGAGCUCAUCCGAGAGGUGGAGAUGGGGCCGUUCAAGCACACUGUGGAUGACGGGCUGGAUGUCAGGAAAGCAGCCUUUGAGUGCAUGUACACACUCCUGGAGAGCUGCCUGGACCGACUGGAUAUCUAUGAGUAUUUAAACCACGUGGAAGAUGGGCUCAAGGAUCACUAUGACAUCAGGAUGCUGACUUUCAUCAUGUUGGCCCGACUGUCCACCCUGUGUCCCAACACCGUCCUGCAGAGGCUGGAUCGCCUGGUGGAACCACUUCGAGCGACCUGCACCUCCAAGGUAAAAGCUGGUUCAGUCAAACAAGAAUUUGAAAAGCAAGAUGAACUCAAGCGCUCCGCUAUGAGAGCCGUGGCCGCCCUACUGACCAUACCAGAGGUGGAAAAAAGCCCAGUGAUGGCAGAAUUCUCUUCUCAGAUCAGAUCCAACCCUGAAAUGGCGGCUCUCUUUGAAAGCAUUCAGAAGGACUCGGCUCCCUUAUAUGCUCCAGAGUCGAUGGAUCUAAGUUAAUGGCCUCUGCUUUUCUGGUCAAAAUAUAAACCCUCUAUUAGUGGAACAGAUUCCUAACAAGCAAGUUGAGGACCCCCCAACUCAGUCAGAGCCAUCACCUCCUAGGAUCUGGGGUAAACCCACUUGUUUUCUGUCUUGGCCUCCAUUGCAGGUAUCUCAGUGCCCAGAAUGGUGCUAUCCCAAUACUUUGUCUGGUGACCCCAAUCUGACGGCAGAGACCAGAGCUGAAGGGUCAAGCAGAAUGCUGUGGAAUAGCUAAACCCUCUCAGUUCAAGGACAUGUUUGAGACUACUAAGCAGGGUCACCAGGAAAAAAACACUAUGAAAGAAAGGUUUCUGUCUUUAUAUAAAAAUGAGGGUUUUUAGAGUUUCUAUAUUGCACAUUAUCUGAAGUGUUCCCCAUGUUCUACGUUUAGAGACUCAGUAGAUCUCUGAGUGGAAGACACUGUGAAAAAAGCAAGAUGAGUAACUGAAAGGGAGCUUCCCUGAGGGGAGACAGACUCCCCCCACAUCUAGCUCCUCCUUUCCCUUUAUUGCUUGAAAUUUUUGAGUUUAAUACUCAAUUGGGUAAAUAGAGCAUUCUUUAAAAAAUAUUAAGUAUACUUCUGGCAAAGUUAGGUCCUCAUCAAUCACUAUCAUCACAAAUGGUUUUAAAAACCUGUUCUCAGCUAGUCUGUUUUUCCCUCUAGAUUCUGAUGGUACUGAUCACAUCCAUGGCUUAUCACUGAAUACAAGAAUUUUGAUCAGGACAAAGGGAGGAAAAUAAUUUUGGAGUUUGUCCAUGGAAUUACUCCCCUCCAAUCAGAGGGAAAAAAAAUCACCUGAAAAUGUGAUUUCCUCAAGGGGCUAGCCUCCUAACCCUAAAUAGGACAAAUGAAUUAGUGAAUUUAAGGCAGCAUUUAAGGAUGUGGAAUUCUAAGGACAGGGGAGAAAUAGAAGGGAGGAGGGCAGCUCAUUCAAGACUCCCAGUAUUUGCAUAUAAGGGAUAGACUAGGGAUCAAGUCCUAGAAAAUCACAGGAAGAUGUUGGGUUCCCUCUCUGUAUCAUCUUAAAAGCACCCUGUGUUAGCCCCAAAUUCUCUUCCAAACGGCAAUGUUUCUAAGAAGCUGUUUGCAGGAAUGUUAUCUAUCACCUCAAAACAGGAUUCUAAUUGAGAAGCUUUACUACCCACAGGACCCUAACUCCAAGCCAUGCGAGGCUUGUCAAAAAUGGAGUCAAGGAUGCCCUUUUUUUGAGGCCCACUCUGCUAUUUAAUAUUUAAGUAAUUUGGGAUGUUGGGUUUCUAUUCUGUUUGACAAAGCCAAUAAAUCAAAGGUAAAAUAUCUGCUUCUAUUGAAGUUUCUCUUCAAACUCAUCCAUCCAAGGUACUAACAAAGUUAAGAAAUGUUACUGCAUAACAUAACUUGAUCCAUGCUCUCUGACAUUUGUGAGUAAUGACCCAAGUAGAAGAUAUUCAUGAAAAUAAGUUUAACUUUCCACCAAAACCUAGGAGAGAAAAAGAGAAUGCUUCUUUAAGUGGGGCAAUGAGGGUUAAGUGACUUGCCCAGGGUCACACAGC